AUGCCUGAGCUUCUCAACCUGCUGACGCUUCCUCUUGAGAUCCGUCUGACGAUAUGGCGCUACGCUAUCCCACCCUACGCCGAAGCUGAUUGCUGCGAGGAAGGCUCUCUGUCGUCUUACCGCCGCAUCCAUUCCAACAUAUGGUACCGAUCACCUGUCCUUCCAGCUUUCAAGUACCCACAGCCCCGCACUCCACUACGUCUCAUCAACCGCCAGGCCAACACCGAGAUCAAGUCCAGCAUUCCACUCCCACCCCUGAUUGGACGGGCAUGCGACUUCAUGUGCCUCCGUCGGGCCCUCAACAUCAUUUCCAAUCGCUCAUCGUCAGCCAAUGAGCUAGAGCUCGCACACUUCGCUGCCAUCAAGGUCACGAGCGAGCGCAUCAACCUCUUCCGGCCUCUCUACUCGACUUCCGGCGAGGAGACGGGCUACACGGUCUCGCUCAGAAGCAGCGAGGCGGACAACAACGCUCGUGUCCAACGCCUUGCUCAGAGCUUUGUGAAUGAGCUGCAGUAUCAUUUUGGCGAGGCGCGUUUGGCACACUCACAGUCGAGUGACGCUGCAAACUCGCCGUUUUCCGUCGAGGUGGAGAUGCUCUUUGAAGUCGGAGACUCCUCGCUCCACUGGGCAGAAUCAAACCGAGGAGGGGACUCAUGUUGUGCAGUCGCUAUGGGGGAGUUGUAUGACUGA